AUUGUUUUGAACGACGAUGGCAUUUGUUUGGCAUCGGACGGUUACUAACAUACACCUGUCAUUCAUUGGUUACCAAUCCAAAGAGUGAAACAAAAAUGGUGAAAAUUCUAUCGAAAUUAAUGUCGAUGAAAAUAUGCAACGAAUGAUCUUUUGAUUAAAAAAAAAACGAAACAAAAAACCGGUUCCAAAUAUUCAAAAUGUUUGUGUACUUAAGUAAAAAGAUCGCAAUUCCAAAUAAUACGCGAAUCAAUUGUAUUGCAUGGAAUAAAACACAGGGAUACAUAGCUGUCGGAGGCGAUGAAGGUUUAUUAAAAGUGCUUAAAUUAGAAUCGCCGACAAAUGUCUUGAACAAUAAUCAAAGUCAUGGCACUGCUGCUGCACCGCAAAAUAAUUUAUGCAUGAAUCAAUCACUGGAAGGGCACAAAGACACAGUUCAAGUUGUAACAUGGAAUGAUGCUCAACAAAAGUUAACCACCUCCGAUCGUGAUGGUGUCAUUAUGGUUUGGAUGAUGUACAAGGAUACUUGGUACGAGGAAAUGACAAAUGAUCGCAAGAAAUCAACAGUUAAAGGCAUGUGUUGGACAUCGGAUGGUCAACAGAUAUGUAUUGUGUACGAAGAUGGUGCGAUCAUUGUUGGUUCGGUAGACGGUAAUCGGAUUUGGGGCAAAGAACUGAAAAAUACCUCAUUAUCUGGCGUCCAAUGGAAUCCUGAUGGUCGUUUAUUGCUUUUUAGUUUGAAAAACGGUGAAGUACACCUUUAUGAUAAUCAAGGAUCGUUUGUGAUGAAAUUAAACAUUCAAUGCGUACCACUUGGGCCAACAAGAAGCAUAUCAGUGGUUGGAAUGUCGUGGUUUCAUCGCAUUCAAUCGUUCACUCGACCAUCUCUGGCGAUUUGCUAUGAAACCGGCAAAUUUCAAAUUAUGCGAAACGAAAAUGACGACGUGCCAAUAAUUGUCGAUACAAAACUACAAGCAACUGAUUGUCAAUGGAAUCAUGAUGGAUCCGUACUGGCUGUAUGUGGAAUGAGACUGUAUGGCAGUGAGAAAGAUUCAAACAUUGUGAUGUUUUACUCGGCAUUCGGUGAUCAUCUUCGAACAUUAAAAAUUCCUGGUCACGAAAUCAGUGCAUUAGCAUGGGAGGGUCAUUCACUUCGAAUUGCAUUGGCCGUUGAUUCGUUUAUUUACUUUGCAAACAUUCGGCCCGACUAUAUGUGGUGCUAUUUUGGUAAAACCGUUUGCUAUCUAAAUGCGGAUACAACAAAGACGGGAAAUUAUGUGGUCACAUUUUGGGAUACAAUAUCAAAUCAAUCAAAUAACAAACACAUCGAUGAACCGGUUGCCAUGGCAUCCAGUUCUGAUCAUUGUGUUAUUGCCGUUGAAUGUCCAAGUCUAUCGUCAAAAGAUCCGAAUAUUUUGAUUGAAAAUAGUAAACAGGAUAAAAAAUAUCAACUUUUGAUUUGCAACUCAAUAAGCACCACCGUUGAUUCCAAGUACAUUGAUUUAUCACUACAAUUCAUCGCGAUGAAUUCGCAGUUUGUGAUUGUUGCGUCAAAGAAUCAUUUUCUGCUUUGGCAAUACCAUACACCAAAGGGUACAUCGACACUGCACAAUGUGAAAGGACGAAAAGAUAAGCGAUAUCACAUUGAUGAUACACCGUCUGGAAUUGUUGAAGUAAUUAAUGACUUGGACAAAGGUGGUUAUGAGCCGCCAAUAAAUACCGAACCAACUCUCGAUCCAAUUUGUUGUAUCACAAUAUCAGAAUCGAUUCUUUUGAUUGGCCGCGAAUCGGGAACGAUAAAUGAAUAUUCUGUACCAAAUGUUGCCCUACGAAAUCGUCAUUCGCUCACAAAUCAACCCUAUAAAAUGGCUAUAAAUAGUAAUUCAACUCGUGCGGCUGUCAUUGAUUCGACGGGACUAUUGCAGGCAAUCGAUUUGGUUGAUAGUCGCGAAUUAUCGGCGGGUUCAAUGCGAAUCGGUCGCAUCGAACGAAAAGAUGUGUGGACAAUGUGCUGGGCCAAAGAUAAUCCACAAUUACUGGCAAUCAUGGAAAAAACAAGAAUGUAUGUUUUUCGUGGAGCUGAUCCAGAGGAGCCGAUUUCAUGUUCUGGCUACAUUUGUAGUUUUGAAGAUCUUGAAAUAACCGGAGUACUUUUAGAUGAAAUUAUUAGUGGAUCAGCAACGCCCGAUAAAAAUGCACAUAUCUUGCAAUUACGUGUCAAAUCACUUCGUGAUACGGAAGACUUAUUGGCGCAUGUUGGCAUCUCAGAGGCAAAGCAAUUUAUUGAAGAUAAUCCACAUCCUCGGCUAUGGCGGUUAUUGGCCGAAGCGUCAUUGAAAAAUCUCGAUUUUGAAACGGCCGAAAAUGCAUUCGUUCGAUGUACAAAUUAUCCGGGUAUUCAAUUGAUCAAACGAUUGCGAACAUUUCAGAGUGAAGCAUUACAAAAAGCUGAAGUGGCUGCAUUUUUUGGUAAUUUUGAUGAAGCCGAAGUAUUAUAUAUCGAUGCUGAUCGACGUGAUUUGGCCAUUGAAUUGCGACAAACGUUAUGCGAUUGGUUUCGAACGGUACAAUUGUAUCGAAUCGGACCUGGCAUUUCCGAUCAACAAAUGGAACAAGCUUGGAAAGAGAUUGGGGAUCAUUUUCACAAUUUGCGCAAUUGGGAAAGUGCCAAAGAAUAUUUUGAAAAAGCGCACGACAUCGAAGGCCUUAUGGAUUCAAUGUAUUACCUGGAGGAUUUCAAUGAACUUGAAAAUUGCAUCAAUAAAUUGCCGGACAAGAGUCCGUUGCUUGGAAAAUUGGGACAAAUGUUAGCCAGUGUUGGAAUGUGUGAUCAAGCGGUUUCAGCAUUUUUAAAACAAGGCGAUGUUAAAUCGGCAGUUAAUACCUGCGUCAAUCUAAAGCAAUGGGGUCAAGCGGUUGAACUUGCACAAAAAUAUAAAAUGCCACAGAUCAGUGCAUUGCUGGGAAAGCAUGCGGCUCAAUUACUACAAGAAGGUCGUUUAUUUGAAGCUAUUGAACUCAAACGGAAAGCUGGAAAAUAUCUGGAUGCUGCUCGGCUACUGACAAAAUUGGCUGAAGGUGAAGUCAGCAAAAAGAGUAGCAUGUUGUGCAUUAAAAAGCUAUACGUACUGGCUGGUUUGUUGAUUGAGGAUCAUUUGCGAGUUCAAGCAUCAUUGACUGGUGGAACACGUGCAUCAAUUGUAAGCGGAUUAUUGCCAGAGGAUUCGGUACUUUUAGAUCAAAUAUGGCACGCAGCAAAAGGUUAUCAUUUUAUGCUGUUGGCACAACGACAAUUACGAAGCGGUCUCAUUCACAGUGCCGUCUAUACAGCGAUGCAACUGCGCGAUUAUGAAGAUGUCUUGAAUGUUGAGGAUAUUUAUUGUUUACUUGCGUUGGCCAGUUGUGCUGAUCGAUCGUUUGGCACGUGCUCCAAGGCUUUCAUCAAACUUGAGUCGCUCGAAACAAUACCGGAACAACGACGCAUCGAAUACGAAGAAAUGGCAGUUAAUAUAUUUUCACAACAUGAACCAGAAGAUUUGCGAAGCGAUCGAACUGAAUGCUAUAUUUGCGAUGCUUUGGUACCGACAUGGUAUUCAUCGUGCCCGAAUUGCAGGACCCAAUUUUCAACGUGCAUUGCAUCCGGCCGAUCAAUUAUUCGUCAAGUCGAUGCAUGGCAAUGCAAUAAUUGUCAUCAUUGUGCAUAUCAAGAGGAGGUAACGAAUCGAAAAUCUUGUCCGCUUUGCUUUGGUGCGAUAUCGUUGAAAAUAUCUGAACUUUAGAUUAUUAAGUGCCUUUACAUUGCAUGUAUGACCCUUAUGUAUACACAAAUUGAUUAUAAAAAAUAAUAACGGGUGUUUUGUAUUGUUCUUCGCAUUUCUUCAUUUAUGUAUAUUUUUAAACUUUUUUAUCUCUGUGAAAAAGAAACACAAACAGUUAUAUAAAAUGAUUAAAGUUAUAUUGUUUCUGACUUUUGUUUUACGUGCCAAAAAA